UGGGGACUCUGGAGGGGACCUCGCUCCUGCAACCCCAGCAGAGGUGACUUGGAAAAGGGAAAGGGUAAGGACACAUCAAAGUAACUAUUAAAACAUCUCUUGAAGGUAAAAAAGAGGUUCUUUUAACUUUUCCCCUGACAGUUCCUGCACGGUUUCUGGGCUCGCAGCCCCUCGCAUCCCUCCUGUGAGCCAGGAUGCCAAGCGCACUGUGGAGCAGCCUGCCCGUGGUGCUGGGGCUGCUGCUCUGGCACCUCACCAGCGCCAGCAGCCCGUGCUGGGAAAGCAGCAAAUGCCAAGACCUUGCCAGUGAGGCCAACAUUUUGGCGUGUGCUGCAGCAUGCAGGGCCGACCUGUCAGCCGAGGCGCCCGUCUAUCCAGGGAAUGGGCACCUCCAACCCCUCUCUGAGAGCAUCCGCAAGUACGUCAUGAGCCACUUUCGCUGGAACAAGUUUGGCCGGAGGAAUAGCAGCAGCGGUGGGGGACACAAACGGGAGGAGGCAGCGGGGGGCAACCCACCAGUGACAUCACUGUCCACUGCCCCACCGUUCAGUCACGAGAAAGAGAAAGGAACCCAGCUGGAACGAGAGGAAGGUAAACGCUCCUACUCCAUGGAGCACUUCCGCUGGGGAAAGCCAGUGGGACGCAAGAGGAGACCCAUCAAGGUCUACCCCAAUGGGGUGGAGGAAGAGUCAGCCGAGAGCUACCCGCUGGAGUUCAGGAGGGAGCUGGCACUUGAUGGCAUUGCAGCACCGCCCGAGGAGGAGAAGGAGGAGGAGAAGGAAGAGGAGAAGGAAGGUCAGGAAGAGAAGAAGGUGGCUGGUGGCUCCUACCACAUGAGCCAUUUCCGUUGGCAUGUGCCGUUGAAGGACAAGCGCUACGGGGGCUUCAUGACCUCAGAGCACAACCAGACCCCUCUAGUGACUCUCUUCAAGAACACCAUCAUCAAAAGCGCUUACAAAAAGGGGCAGUGAUGGGGGAGAGCCCGUAGGGGCCCCCAUCACCAACCUCUCCAUAG